AUGUUGGCAGAACUGUCUCAUAGAGAACUCAUAAGAUUGGCGCAGAAAAGGUGCAUACCACCUUUAUUGCCCAAGUUUCAUAAGGGACAAUCCGGCGGGAGAGUUUGCAUUAUCGGAGGAUGCGAAGAUUAUACAGGGGCACCGUACUUCAGCGCCAAUGCUACGGCCUUGAUGGGUUGUGAUUUGACACAUGUCAUCUGCGAAUACAACGCUGGUACGGUCAUCAAAUCGUACACCCCAAACUUAAUGGUUCAUCCGUACCUUCGUAUGAGUAAUACCAAAUUAGAUGUUGAUAUGGACGAACAGAGAAAGAAAAUUAACUCUUUAUUGGAUAGGAUCCAUGUUGUAGUGAUUGGACCUGGUUUGGGAAGAGACCCGCUAAUGUUAAAAUCCAUCAAGGAUAUCAUAAGAUAUAUACUUGAAGAGCAUGAGGGUAAAAUCCCAUUAGUAAUUGAUGCCGAUGGACUGUAUUUAGUAACUCAAGAUAGCGAGGUUAAAGAAAUGCUGAAGAGCUACCCUAAAGGCAGGGUCAUCUUGACACCCAACGUGGUAGAAUUUAAAAGAUUAAGUGAUGCCAUAGGCAAGAAGGGAGACUCACACGCCGAGAUGGGCAGCUUGAUCGCACAAGAACUGAAUUGUAUUGUGGUAGAGAAAGGCCAGUCAGAUAAGAUCUUCUCACCCAACAGCGAAGAAGACAUGUUGACGAAUAGCGAAGAGGGUAGCAACAAGAGAGUGGGCGGUCAAGGGGAUACUUUGACAGGAGCCAUAUCAUGCAUGCUUGCAUUCAGUCGUGCAAUGUAUGAUUUUAAGAUUUGCGAACAAGAAGAAAAAGGGGAAUCGUCUAGCGAUAAAUCUUUGAAAAACUGGACAGAUUAUGCUAUGUUGAGUUGUUACGCAGGCUGCACAAUCACACGAGAGUGUUCCCGCCUAGGGUUUAAGGCUAAGGGACGUGCAAUGCAGACCACAGAUCUAAAUGACCGUGUUGGAGAGGUCUUCGCUAAGCUCUUCGGCAAAUAA